UUGUGAACAACGAAGACAUGCAUCACUAGUAUGGUAAUCUUUCCAGAUUCUGGUAAGAAACGACUACAAUAUUUAUAUAAUGAUAUGAACAAAUCCACAAUAUGAAGAUAUUUUAAUAAAACAAUUCAGCUCUUUUUUUUAGACUUUGUUGGAUAACAUUUAUAUACUUAUAAAUCGUUUCAAGUGUUGAUAACCUGUGCAAGAAAUGUAAUUAUUUGAAAUAUGUUAUUUGACCUCAUAUUAAAACAUGAAGAUAUUUUUAUGAAGUUUUGUAGUUAUGCACCUCUGAUUUAAUAUAUUUGUUUUAAAAUAAUUUAGUUUUUUAUCUUACUUUGGGAUGUUUGUUUUAAGUAUACUUCACUCACAAGUAUUGCAAUAACCUAUAGUGAUUUAAUUCUCUGCAAGAAGAUUCCAGUCAAAAUUGUUUGAAAUGUUUGAACAAAUGUGAGUGUAUUAACCCCUUUGUGACAUGAAGUGUUCGGAUUGUCUUUAUAUCCUAGGAUUUCCUUACCCAUUCCCUGGUGGGGUUAAGGGAUACAGCAAGAUUGGGAAUAGUUUAUUGAUUGACUGAUUGACAUGGAAAUUGCACUGUUUGAAAUAUUUACAUUUGAAAACACAGUCGGGUGCCUCCCAUAUUAAACAUUUGUCAUACUACUCUAGAAAAUGUUUGAGUUUUAUAUUUCUUUUGCUUUUGAGUAAAGUGGGUGUGUCUAGUUAUUGACAAUGGUAAACAUUUGUCUUUCCCUUGUUUGUUUUUACUUAUGAAAGCCGAGACUGUUUGUUCUUUUCUGUAUUCUAAGAGGAAAUAAUGUUAAAGGGACAAAACUGUCAAGAAAUGAGUCUAGAUAAUGCUGAAGUUAUACAGACCAUCAGUCUUGGUUUAUGGGUUUCAAUGUUUGUUUUUCAUAAUCUCCUAUCAUGCAGUAGUAUAUUGGAUAAGUAUCAGAUCCAGUUCCAACACACAGAAUGAGUGGAACUGCUCAGUAACCUAAUAACAGCCUUACCACAGCUGCAGUAUGUUUAUACAGAGCCAGGUUAACAAUUUUACAACAGGAGGCUUCGUAUUUGCUUAAGUCUCUCUUUACUAGAACUCCACAGCAGCACGGAAAAACAACCAAUCAGAAAAAAUUUAGGUACUAUAAAACUCACCUCCCCAUGCAUCAGUUUCUCUUUCUUUGCUGCUCUGCAGUCAGAGCAGGUCAAGAGUACCACUGCCUCCUGCUUAUAGUGGGUGGCUUUGGGGAGUUAUUUAUAUUUCAGUGUUUUACAUGUUUAAUUAUUUGGGGACUUGUUUUGUAUAACUAGCUUAUGCCCCACUGCCUUAUAUUGCACUGGGCUUGGUGUGGAGUUUUGUUUUCCCUCUGGCUCCUUUUAUAUCUUCUGGGUCUCUCCCCCCCCGUUCUGUCCCCUUAUUAUUAUGUAUAUUGCCCAUCUGUUACUUUCCCACUUUUUGCCGCUCGGGGGUUUCUGGAGGCUGGCCUGCUCUGCAUUCUCCGUCCCCCCCGAGCCUCGGGACCGCGGAGUGCACAUCCAGUGGUCCCAUGUGUGUUUUUAGCUCCGGUCGCGAAGUGCCCCGUUAUUGAUCGCGCCCGCCGACCGGAGCCUCCACACGUGGCUACUGGCUGCGACCAGCUCGAACUGCGGACCACGUGUGUCCGCCGGGUGGAGGAGGGGGCAAUAACGCAUUCCCCCUCCCCCACCUGUUAAAUUAGUGCCGGAAAGCCGUGAGUGGCUUGUUCUCCCCAUUGGGGAGCCAGGAGUCAUUUUAAGCUCCGGUCGCGAAGUGCCCCGUUAUUGAUCGCGCCCGCCGACCGUAGCCUCCAGACGUGGCCACUGGCUGCGACCAGCUCGAACUGCGGACCACGUGUGUCCGCCGGGUGGAGGAGGGGGCAAUAACGCAUUCCCCCUCCCCCACCUGUUAAAUUAGUGCCAGAAAGCCGUGAGUGGCUUGUUCUCCCCAUUGGGGAGCCAGGAGUCAUUUUAAACCGCGGCCUGAGGCCCUUUUUAUAGCUGGCGGUCUGGGAGCAGUCCCUCCCCCCCUGCGUCAGGCUUGGGUUUCACCGGCCUUCAGUUCAUUUCAAUAUAUACAUUAUUUCUCAUGUAGUUUCAUUCAUUGGUGGCAGUUGGGGGUGCCCCACAGUGUAUUACACCAAACAUAAUACACAUUUUCCAGGGGAGCCUGAACCCUGCAUAUCCCUAUAUCAGAAGCUUACAUCUGUUUCUUAAAUUAAGGUUACACACCCACUCAUACCCUUAAAUUGAAAAUGUCCCACUAAGUUGUUAUGGUGCCUGAAGUGUUCCUUUAAAAAAAUUCCAUUUGGCUCCUUUGGUUUUAAAUCUGAAAUUCACUUUGAAUUUUCACUUAAGUGAAAUAUUUCUAUUUUUUUAUUUGUAUUUUCAGAAUCCACUAAGAAAUGAGUAAAGAAAAGAACAAAGUUAUGGGUAAGUGGCACUAAUGCAGCCAUUGUUAAACAGUAUGGCUUUGGCUUUGUGCAUACAGCAAAGUUAUCUGCAUCAAGCCAUCGCAGUGUCCUAUUGACAGCUGCUCAAGUGCACAAUUAAUAUCAUCAUACAAAGUCAGAGACUGCACUUUAGCUUGGAGUUGACAAAUACAAAUCCAUUGAGAUAUAAAUAUUUCUAGACUGUAAGCUGGUCUGAGCAGGGUCCUUAUCUACCUAUUGUUCCUGUACCAUUUUGUAAUUGUCUUAUUUAUUGUUAAAUUUCCCUCUUUCAUAAUAUUGAAAAUACCAAUAAUAAUUUAUAUAUCGAAAUAAAUCACUCGUGUCACAUUCAUAAACUAUAAAAGCUUUUCUCCUGAUAACCCAACAGAGCUGCUUUAUAGCAUGGUCUUGAAACGAUUGAUCCACACACUAGAGAAAAAUUCAGCCCUAGAGAAUGGUUAAACGUGCUUUUGCUCCACGAGGAAAGAAUUCUGAUGUAUCUCACCACCAGACUCUGUGGUUUUCAAGGGGUUCUCAGGUGUGAGAGGCAUGAAAUAGCAGAUCUCACAUUUACAUUGAAUUUUAAAAUCUAGGUUGAAAUAGCCAAACUGUAAGCAUUUUCUAAGUCAACUAUACUUUAGCUUCUUUGGCCUUAAAUUUUAUAUUCACUUUAAAUUCUCAGUUUUGUAAACAACCCCUAGGCUAAGCCCUUCCUAACCCUAACCUUAGCUAAAUGCAUCUUGUAAUAUAUGUUUAACUAGUGCUACAUUUAAUCGAUCCAUGCGAUUAUUCUCAGAUUCCUAAUAAAAAAUAAUUGUGCGUACAGAUUUUUUCCAAAGGGCCCCGCCAUUCUUGGUCCAGUUGCAGAAUAUAUUACGAAAAUAUCCUGAUGGAGGACAGAUUCUGAAAGUAAGUCAGAUAAGUAUUAAUGGUUUCAAAAUAUUUUAUUGAUGACUUGUUUCUUUUUCAUUCAAUAUAAAAAAAAAGUUUUUGAAUGUAGAUAAUUACAAUAAGAGUAAGUAGACAGCAAAAACAGACAGAAUUCACGUGCUACACAACCAGAUUAGCAUAUUUAAUACAGUCACUGGUUUAACUGAAAUAGAUUUCCAAGUCCCCUUACUGAAAACAAAUCUACUGUAUUUAGAAUGAUACUUAGGAAAAAAAAUAUUCUAAAUAAGUGGGAAUAAAAAUGUGAUAUUCACUAAAUAUCAUUCUCACAGGUGAUGGGAUGACCAUACACUAACCACACGGUAGCAAAUAUCCUCCCCACUAUAGUUCCUAUCCCCCCUUCCCCACUAUAGGCACUAUCAUGGGUGUCCGCAGGACAUUUUCCGAGCUGUGUGUGGUGGUGGGGGUAGGAGGUGGGCGAGGGGGGCAUAAUUGUAAUGACAUUCAUGCUUCUCCCACUUUUUGACAGUAUCUUGAAGGGGAGGGGCAUAGCCACUAUCACAUAAAGCACAGACAAAAUGUUUGAGAAACCUGAUGAAAAAGAUUUAUAAAAUAAUAAAUUUGCCAUUGUCUGAUUUGAGUGUUGCAAUUUCUAAUCUGUUGUAAUGUUAACACUAUUCAAUGCACCACAUUAGUCAUACACACGUGAUCAAGGCACUAUUUCUGAAUUAUAAAAAUAACUGCACACAAAGCACUAGGUAGCGUGCACAGCAGUUGCUACAGUACUUAGAGACAUUCACAGCACUAGCUGUAGCACCAGAAUGUGCCCCAGGCAAAAUUAGAUUCCAGGCUCUUUGAAGGCCAAAAAUUUGUGCAUUACAUAAAUGUUAAAUAUAACUCUUAUAUUAUACAGCAUUCCUUUGGAUGUCUAUAUUGUGAAGACCUGGGUAUCAAUGCAUGUUUGUAUUUGUGUCCGUGUGAAUGCACUUGUGCAUGUCUGGAUGACUACAUUUUCUUUUUCGUAUAUAGUGUCUGUGUGAAUGCAUUAGUGUAUGUCUGCAUAUGCAGGGGUGUGGAAUAUAAAAAAAAAAAAAAAAUCUACAUGAGGGAGGGGGUGACAGGUGGGAGGUGGUGACGUGUGGCAGAGUGAGGUGGUACCUGGUGGCAGAGUGAGAGAGGGAGGGGGUGAGUGGUGGCAGAGUGAGGGUGAGACACAGUGGGGGGGAGGGGUUGACUAGUGACAGAGUGAGGGAUGGGGCGAAUAGUGGCAGAGUGAGUGAGGGGUGAUGAGGGAGGUGAUGACUGGUGAGAGAGGGGAUGACUGGUGACAGAGUAUUUUGUAUGCUUUGUGCAGUCCCAAACACACUGUGGGCAGAAGUAAUGCACCUAGUUAACCCGUUCGUGCCUGUAACCAUUUCCCUUUUCUCUAAUGUAUCAUAGUCCACAUAUGUGGUAAUAGUGAAUCUGACUACAUGGGACAUACAGCAGAGAUGGAACUUUAAAAAUUAUUUUCUAUAAUCCUGAAGGUUAUGAUUAUCAGAUAGUUAAAUCCAUGUGUUAUUGUUUUAUUAGAUUGAGAUUAUUAUUUUUUUUAGCAGAGCCUGUCCCCCCACACUCCCCCAUGCCUCACUUUCCUGAUCUGUAAACUGCCCCCCCAUGCCUCACUUACCUAAUCUGUAUGGUGCCCCCCAUGCCUCACUUACCUGAUCUGUAGGGUUCCCCCCCCAUGCCUCACUUUCCUGAUCUGUAAACUGCCCCCCCAUGCCUCACUUACCUAAUCUGUAUGGUGCCCCCCAUGCCUCACUUACCUGAUCUGUAGGGUUCCCCCCCCACACCUCACUUACCUAUUCUUUAGAUUAUGUAGGCUGUCCAACCCCCCCACACUUACCUGAUCUGUAGGCUGCCCCCCAUCCCUCACUUACCUGAUCUGUAGGCUGCCCCCCAUCCCUCACUUACCUGAUCUGUAGGCUGCCCCCCCAUCCCUCACUUACCUGAUCUGUAGGCUGCCCCCAUCCCUCACUUAUCUGAUCUGUAGGCUGCCCCACACAUCCCUCACUUAUUCGAUCUGUAGGCUGCCCCCCAUACCUCACUUAUCUGAUUUAUAGGCUGCCAUCCCUCAGUUAUCUGAUCUGUAGGCUGCCCCCAUCCCUCAGUUAUCUGACCUGUAGGCUGCCCCCCAUCCUCACUUAUCUGAUCUGUAGGCUGCUCCCCCAUCCCUCACUUAUCUGAUCUGUAGGCUGCUCCCCAUCCUCACUUAUCUGAUCUGUAGGCUGCCUCCCCCAUCCCUCACUUAUCUGAUCUGUAGGCUGCUCUGCUCCCCUAUCCCUCACUUAUCUGAUCUGUAGGCUGCUCCCCCCAUCCCUCACUUAUCUGAUCUGUAGGCUGCUCCCCCCAUCCCUCACUUAUCUGAUCUGUAGGCUGACCCUCCCCAUCCCUCACUUACACGCAGUCUAGGAGUUGCUGGCUACACUCUGUGCUGCUCCCCCACGGAUUCAGUCAGGAGAGAGAAUCAGGGAUAAGAUGUAGCUUACUGUUCCUGCCAUUCUCCAUACACCUACUGGCCGGUGCCUGUAUUGCAUUGUAUUCUCAAUUACUAAAGAAGAAUACCAGCACAAGCUGAAAAACCGGGAGGUUGGAGGGGAGGUUCUUGCCUUGUAGACACCCAUGGCCACUAUCCUCCACAGUGUGGCCCCUACCCCCCUAUAGUCUCUACCCCCUCACCAUAGAUCCUAUUCCUCAUUAUAGCCCUAAUACUCCCACUACAGCCCCUAUUUCCCCACUACAUCCACUAUAACCACUAUCCCCCAUUCUAAAACCUCUAUUCUCCCACUACAACCCUAAAUGCAGCACAACAGUCAGACAGGCAGACCUGCAAGCAAAACUCCCACAAACAUGCAACACCACACACACUUUUCCAGCUCUGUCCCACUUAUUAUCCAACUACCCACGAGUCACAUUCACGAAUCAAUCAUGCUCCAAACUAGUCAUAUAAUGCAUAUAAUCGUGUAUAUUGGGUUUUGCAUUUAGGAUACUGGCCUUGGGGCAGCAAGGAGGGUAAAUCCGGCCCUGGUCCUACUCCCUUUCCUUAGUGAUAGCUGAGUCUAAGCCCCACUCCUUCACAACACUGCCCCCUCCCUCCCACCGUAGCCCCAGACCUUCACACUGCUGCCCCCAAUACUCUCCCUACCCCCCAAAACACCAAUGCCCCACAAUACUGCCCACCCAAUACUAUCCCUUCCCACCCCCAACAUAACCCCAGACCCCCACAAUGCUGCCCCCAAUACUGUCCCUACCCCUCCAAAACCCCUGUGCUCCACAAUGCUGCCCACCCAACACUGUCCCUACCCACUCCAUUCCUCCACAAUACUGCCCCUAUUCCCCAAUACUACCCAUAUCUCCCCCUCGCUAAAGUCCCUAUCCCACACAAUUCUGCCUCUAUCCCCCACAAUAAAGCACAGUAACACAGGAAGGGGCUGGUGGGCAAGUAAGAGGCACAGGGUGGUUAUGACACAUGAAAGGUGGGUGUAAUACACUAAUGUGGGUGUAACACUCUCACAAAGGGGUAAGACCUUCAAAGGAGAUGUUUAACACUAAAGGGGUAAGAAAUUUAAAAGAGAGGGUACGAGGCACACAGGUAAAGAUACAUUUGGGAGGGGGGGAGAAGGGGCAAAAUGUAUCUUUGCCUGUGUAGCCAAAAAUCCUUGCACUGCCCCUGCCUGGGUUUGAUGACUAAUCUUGGCACUGCAAACAUUUGUGGGCUAUAGUUCCCAUGAUGCUUUGCCUACUGGCUGAGCGCUUUGUGAAAUAUAGUCAACAUAUAACAACUAGCCUCGGCACUGCAGAUGUUUGCAACAAUAAUUUAUUUAAUUAUCAGGCAGUUUAAAGAUGGGCCACAUCAUGUCAUGGGAAAUGUUGCAUUUCCAAUGUGCUAAAAUUCUGCUCUGCGGAACUUCCUGAUACCUGUGCAGCCAAACCUUUCUACAAGCCCAGCUGCAUGAUGGUUUUUGAGCUAAUGAAAGGUAGAACAAGGUAGUUUCACAGAUCACACUCUAUGUUCCUGACAAGUGUCAGAGAGUGAUAUCACUGCUUUGUAUAUUGUCAUGCGUGGCAUAGUCCAUUCAAUGUGUCAAAGCUCAGACAGGGGCUUCAUGGACCUUGGUCUUAAUGUGGAGCUCUGACUCUGUGUGCCCCCCCCCUCCCCCCCUUUUGAACUGACAGGGGGAUCAAAAGUUCUCCCUGCAUAACCUUUCAGAAAUCAUUGUCUGGUGACCGUGGUCUAAUUACGGUCCCUUGCGAUUCUGGCGCUCUGUGAGGGAGUCUGAAAGCAGAUGAUGGGAUUCCCAGCCUUUGAUCUGACUUCCUCACAGUGCGCUGGUGUAAAAGGCCUGCAGCUGCACCAGGAGACCACCAAACUACUAGGGAAUCCAUCAGACCACCAGGGGAUGUAUUAUUGCCUUCCUUGCUGCACAGGAGGAAAGAAAUGCAUUUCUGUGUGGAGAGUCUGUGUUUAACACAGUCUCCCCACAUACAUACUGUCACACCCCCGGCACAAAUUCAUCCCCCAUUCAUUUGUCAUUCCCUCACUCACACUAACCACCACUUACCCUGUUCCAAUCACUUCUCCUUAUGUGAGCAUACUCCCUCCAACCUUGUCACACUCACCCUGUUACAAUCACUUCUCCUUGCGCUAUCAUACUAACCCCAACUUUGUCACUUGCCACCCUGCAACACUCGCCCCUUAACCCUGUCUCAGUCAUCACCUCUCACCCUGCAACACACCCUGUUCCUAACUCUUUACGCCCUCACACUUAUCCCUAUCACACUCCCAACUCUCAACCUGCCCUAACACUGUCACCAUCACCCUUCAUCCUGCCACACUCAUGCCUUUCACCCUGUUACACCUACCAGCCCUCUUGUCAGUAUUUAAUAGCCCAACACACAAAUCUUGGAUCAGUAGCUAAAGAAAUUAUAAAGCGUAUUUCCGGUGAUUGAAGAAUCGAAUAAGCAAGUCAAAGUCAGGAAUACAGAAAAACAAAGCCUGUAAACAAGCCAAGGUCAAUACCAGGAAAUCGAAAUAAACUAGAUAAGAACGUGCUAAUCGGUAACCAAACUGGAGACCAUGACAGGGCAAAAGAUAUGGGGCCAAAACUUUAGUUAAAAACUGAGGAGCACUCUGAUUGGUCCACAUCAUCCAUUUGACCCCAAAAGUGUGUCCUCAAAAUAAACAAAAGAGCAAGUUUAUUUUAAGGAGACGUGCAUUUGCAUUUAACCAAUGUUUCAAUCCAACUACCUUGACAUAUUAAGAAAAGUGUGGUAAUGGGACUGAAAUGGUGAGUGUAUGCUGUUGCACAGCUGCAAAAAACAAAUGAUGCUAUCUUGUUGAUUUUGAAGUUCUGAGUGUGUUCUUCACUGUGGCUGAGAUCAUCAAACUUGAUAAUUAUCUCAGCCAAUCCAAUGCUUUCCCAUGGGAAAGCAUUGGGAGGCUAGUGUGGAUGUGUGGUAAAAUGCUACGAGGUCAAUCCGCAUCUCUAUUCAGAGCCUGCAUGCAGACCAAAUCUAACACACUGCCUCCUCCCCCCAUUCUAAUAAACUGCCCUCCUUCCUCCACUCUUAUACACUGCCAUGUGCCCCACUCUAAUACGCUACCCUUCCAUCUAAUGCACAACCUUCCCAAUCUGAUACAGUCUCCAAUGGCCCACCUCCCCACUCUAAUACACUGCCCCUCCCUCCACUCUAAUAUACUGCCCUCUCCCCACAAUCUAAUACACUGGCCCUUAAUAUAAUGAUCAUUAAUUAGAAACAGGCAGACACACUAUUCAGAUAGACCCAAUUAAUAGGUUUUUUUUCAGUAUGUUUGUGCUCCUCAUUCAGUAUUUUACUUAAUCUAACCACUGUUGCGCCACCGUGAUCGGCUGUGGCAGGGCUGACCGGAAGCAGACAGAAAAGAUCUUUCUUGUCCGGGCCGCAAAUAUAUACAUUACAAGCCCAGCAGUCCUGUUGGGGGCUAGCAGCGAGCUGUAACUUACCUUUCCUGCAGCUCCUGUCAGCUCCCUUCUCCUCCGUGCCGGUCAGCUUCCCUGUCAGCUCCACUCUAAGUCUUGCGAGAGCUGCGGGGUCAGAGCGUUGCCACGAUUUACCGUGGCAACGCUCCGUGCGGCACUCAGACCAUGAGACUUACAGUGGAGGAGAAGGGAGCUGACCGGAACGGAGGAGAAGGGAGCUGACAGGAGCUGCAGGAAAGGUAAGUUACUGCUCGCUGCUAGCCCCCGUCCUACACAGCCCAUGCCACUGGACCACCAGGGAAUGAGAGCCCCCCUCCCUGGCCAGCUAACAAGCAGGGAGGGGGGACGAAAAUAAAUAAAUACAAAUUUUAAUAAUAUUAAAAUAAAAUACAAAUAUUAAUAUAAAAUAAUAAUUAAAAAAAAUUAUAAAAGUGCCCAACCCAUACCAAGGCUCUGCAUCACACACACUGCACUCAUACACACACACUGCACUCAUACACACACACUGCAUUCACACACACACACACACACUGCAUUCAUACACACACACACACUCACUGCAUUCAUUAUAUAUGAAAGGCAAAGGGCUAUUCUGAUCUCCCCUCAGUUCUCGAUCCUCCGGUCACCAAAUCAAUAUUGAUUGGAGAAUCAUUGUUAGCAAUAAAGACACAGACACCACAAAUGUGCCUUAACAAGAUUCUCAUUGAGUAUAAUUUCAAAGCUAGCAUUUAUACACAGUUUGUCACGCAAGCAGCGAGAUUUAUUGCUUCCUUAUAGUUAAUAGUGCAUACUUGUCUGACAAAAAAAGAUAAGCAUUUGAAUAAAGACGGGACAGGAACAUCCUGAGGUCGAGCGAGGUCAUACAUCCUGUAGAAGGGAGGCCUCUCAAAGCAUGUUACAGAAUACAUCUGCCAAGGUCAGCAUAAUUAUUUCAAACAUUAUUUUAAAGCAUAUAAAGCAAAAAGAGUUCACUAUUUCAUAUCAUUACAAUGUACACACACUGUAAAUAAAUAUUCAAUUAAUAUAAUUUUUGGGGGAUCUAAUUUUAUUUAGAAAUUUACCAGUAGCUGCUGUGUUUCCCACCCCAGUCUUAUACUCGAGUCAAUAAGUUUUCCCAGUUUUUUUUAGGUAAAAUUAGGUGUCUCGACUUAUAUUUGGGUCGACUUAUUCUUGUAUUAAACACAACUCAAGCAACUAUUACACACAUACGCUUCCAGACUCACCUUCACACAGUAGGAUGCUCAGGCAUAUACAUAGGUACAUUAUUCUAGAUACACAGACACAAUCAGUCAGAAUUGUACAUAUACACUUGCAGUGCCAGAGACACAGACAUACUCAGCCCCCCACCUUCCAUAACGCACUCAGUCACUACACACACCACUCACAGAAACAGAGCCCCUGGAGGGGACCCCCCAGUCUAGAGCAUUGAGUAUCCUUAAUCUGGCUUUGAUUGGCUGUGGGUCUUUGCUACACAAUUUCCCUUUUGCAUGGUUAUCUUGCCAUAGAAAUAGGUGGUUUGCAGAAAAUCAAACAAACCUUAAGGCCCAAUUCAGCGAGUAAAAUAUAAACUGGCCAUCUGCACCACAAAUAAGUCCAGACUCUAUUAUUGAUUGAUGGAAGUUGUGCAUGUCUCUGUCAUUCACUUCACCUUACAUAGUAUUGCAUUUGCUGGGAUUUACAUAUCCAGGAAUGAAUGGGGAGCAAAUAGGCCAAUAACCCUUAAUUUCUCUCUUAGAGUGAAUCAUGGGGCUAUGAUCUUUGUACACUCCAGCUUGUCUCAUCUUUUAGUGCUAGGGGAUAGGUAGGUAGAGAGAAGGCAACAAGCAACCUUACUUGGUAUAUUUUAUCUUCAACUCCCCCAGGUGGGAGAUGGGGCUAUUUUUCAGGCACACCCUAAUUCCAAUGGGAUACUGGGAACCCAGAAACCCAUAUGGAGCACACAAUAUUUGAUAUGAUUUGAUAAAAAUGUUUCCAUUGAUUUGUAGGAAUUAAUCCAGAAUGCAGAUGAUGCCAGAGCCAGUGAAGUAAUUUUCAUUUACGAUGAAAGACAAUAUGGUAAUGAGUCCCUUUAUUCAAAAGAUCUCCAGAGCAUCCAAGGUAAAACAUAAAUGCAACCAGUAAUUUAGUUUUAUUUUAGCAUUUUUCUUGCAUGCCUUCUAACAAUUUGAAUGGUUUGUUUUGGGUUGUGGCUGGAUUUGUAAAGAGAGGUCAAUCCCAAGAUAUUUACAAUGGCUUCAUUAACACCUGACAGUCCUUUAUGUAACUGAAAAACGUAUUUUAGUCAAUGUACUUUAUAUAUGGUAACAGAGGUUUUUGUAAAAGUGUGAUUUGCAGGGAACUUUAUGUUAAUUUAAAAUUGUAGACCAAAAAAGCAGAGCUGGCUAUUUGUCUGUCUAUUUUAACACAUAAGAUUACGCUCUGUGCCACAUCUCUUGGGUGACAGCAAUGGCUACAGUACUUAUAAGCUUAAAUACAUAGUACAAAACCAAAAACAAGUUACCUGCACACUAUCCCAUAUGCCUGUGCACAUUUAAAUAACAGGUUUUUAGUACCACGCCAAUGGCUAGUAAAGUGCAUCUAUCUCAUUAAUGCCAACCUCUUAGGUGAGUCCUACACUAACAAUUCACCUUGCUGCUUUCUGUUAAAUGGCAAAAUUUCUAAUUAAAACAGAAAGUGAUAUUUUUAUGAUCCCCUACACACUUAUGCACUCUUAAUAGGGCACACAAGGGGUGGGUGGUAACCCUAAUUUGACUGUGCAAUACAGAAGCAAAUACAAACACAGAGAAUUAAAGGGGCACUAUAGUCACCAGAACAACUACAGCUUAAUGUAGUUGUUCUGGUGAGAAUAGUCAGUCCCUGACAGCUUUUUGAGGUAAACAGUUUGUUUGUUUUUCCCAGAGAAAAGGCAGUGUUUACAUUACAGCCUAGGGACACCUCCAUAUAUGGCUGCUAGAAGUGCUUCCUGAGCUGCAUGUGCAGUGGCAUUCAGUGUCUCCACCCUCUGCAUUGAGACACUGAACUUUCCUCAUAGAAAUGCACUGAUUCAAUGCAUCUAUAUCAGGAGAUGCUGAUUGGCCAGGGCUUUGUUUGGCUAUGCCCCCGGCCUGCCUACUUGGCCUGAGAUCAUUAGAAUUGACAAUCUCAGUCUAUGGGAAAACAUUAUGACUGGCUGAGAUCAUCAAGAGAGCCAGCACCAGCAUACUGGAAUAAAGGUUAGAUUUUACAAGGGUGACCAGGGGCUAGAUAGUGUUUUUAACAUUAUAGGGUCAGUAAUACAUGUUUGGGUUCCUUUAAGCACUGUGCUCAAACUAACACUAGAUUUGCCCAUUUUGGCCUGCUAUUUGAAAUAUCUUAAUCAUCUAAAUAAUUCACAAUUGAGUGAAUAACCCUGAAUGUUUGCAGUUUAAAUAUAUGCUGCUGUCACAUUAAUAUCCUUGCUUUGUUUACAUUAUUAUUGUAUCCUCUUUUGUGUUUUUUUUUUUUUAUUUAUUUAUUUAUUUUUUUGUAUGUGAUGCAUGCUUGAGAAAACAAACCAAAAACUAUUUGUUCUAUUAGUGUUUUUGGGACACCUAAAAGGUCCUCAAGAAAUGUUUAUAUAUUAAAAUAAUAUUACCGUGUGGAUCCAGAUUUUUAAUCAAGAAAUAAAACUGCAAUGCCUUCCAAUUCCAGCCAUUAUUUUACAAUAUGACUACUAACUGUUUCUUUAACUAGGUCCUGCUCUUUUGGCAUACAACAAUGAGAUGUUUACAGAUGGUGACUGGGAGGGAAUCCAGAAACCAGGAAACAGUCUCAAACGCAAAGACCCCAAUACAGUUGGGAGAUUUGGAUUAGGCUUCAACUCUGUUUAUCACAUCACAGGUACGUGUAAUUAUCAGUUACUGAACAGGGAUUUGAUCAGGGUUUCACAUGUAAAGUGUAAAGCCAGCAAGAGUUGAGAUUGUAUGUCAAAAGCAUGAAUUAUGUUAACCGCACUCAGAACCAAAAAGUGAAGCUACUAUUGUAUUUUCUUACCAGGCUAAAUUUGGUCAAUAUGUGUCUAUUCACUUAACCAGGAAUUGUGGAGAAUUUAAACUAUUUUUUUUUUUUCUUUGACGUCCCUUACAUUCAUGGUUGAAGGGACACUCCAGGCAUCAAUACAACGUUAAUGCUUUUAAUUAAUGUUGUCCUCAUUAAUAUGCUAUAUUUUUUGCAUGCUUAAAAAUGUAUAGUUUUUGCACACAAAAAAAUGUUUUGCACAAUGCUGCACCAUAAGCCUGCCUCCAUAGCCACACACCCUUAUGUCAGAAAGACUUCCAUAUCAAAGGUAGACACACAGCUCAGCCCCUACAGCACAAGCUGGCUUCAGACAGUUAGAGAAACAACAAACCGGUAGUGGCACCCUUACCAUAUGUCCCCCUUGGUGUUCACUCUUUCUAAUUCAGAUCAUUCAGUUGUGUCAGUGGCUUAGCUGUGUGCAUAUUUUUACCUUCAUUUUGGUCAAACCAAAUGAAAUACUGGCCAAAAAUUAGGUUCGGCCAAAACGACAUUCUUUUUCUUCUGAUUGUAUUCGGGAAAAACAAAUUCAACAAAACCUCGGAAAAUGCCAUCAAGGUUAACAUUCUUGGCCCGCUUUGGGGGUAUUAAGGCCACCAUCAAUCUUCGCACAAUGUGCAGAAGCUUCUCUGCCAGUAUGUCCUCUGGUACACCUUUAAUCUUGAGGUUGUUGCGGCGCCUCAUGUCUUCGAACGUGGCAAAGCGUUGCUUAUAGACUAAAUGUUGUUCAAGGGUUAUGGUUUUCCGAGCUUGCAACUCUGUGGAAGUCGUCACAGCUCCCAGCCUGCCCACCAGGCCUGUGAGGUCUGCUCUAAGUGAAGCCACAUCUGCUUGAAUGGUUUUCUGUAGCUCAAUUAACAUGCCUUUCAGUGGUGCCGCCGGAGCCAAGUCUGCACCUCGUGGGACCGCCUCAGAGAUUGUUGGGGGUGAGUAAGGCAGCGCUACCCCUGUCUAGUGACCGUUCCCCUGAGGAGUCAGAGUAUGUGUCGAGGUCGGAGGCCAUCUUGAGCCCAUAUAUCCUCUAUGUUCAUGCUCAAUCUGGGCUUGUCGGGUUUUUUGCUUCUUGGUUUUACUACCCAUGGUGAUCAGACCUGCAGUAUUAGGUAAUUCCAGGCUGUAUAUCUGGCUAUUGAUGCGUUAUAAUCACUGUUUAGCAUGGAGCCCUUUACUUGUGCGUCCGUCUACUUAUAAUUCUUGGCUCUGCCCCUUUCAAUGCAUGGCUCCGCCCCUGCAAUUUGCACUCUUUUAAAACCUAAAGCUAACAGAUGAAAAUCACCUGAUUAAUGCAAGUAUAUGAAUGGUUUUUAAAAUGUUUCAUAUGGAAGAUAUUGAAAAAGGGUAGACAUGUGCAAUUCGUUUCGUUCCGAAUGUGAAGUUGGAUGAAUUUCAGGCAAUUCAGACAUUCUAAUGUCCAAAUUGCCGAAUUUUGGAAGUGCCGAAGUGCUUUGGAUUUCGUAAGGGAAAACUAUGUGAAUGAUGACAGGGGUAGAGUUAGGGGUUAGGGAUAGAGAGCCCUGCCGAAGUCCCAAAGUGCCAAAAAUUUUUUUACUUAAAGGGACACUAUAGUCACCAGAACAACUACAGCUUAUUGAAUUUGUUCUGGUAAGUAGAAUCAUUACCUUCAGGCUUUUUGCUGUAAACACUGUCUUUUCAGAGAAAAUGCAGUGUUUACAUUCCAGCCUAUUGAUAACUUCACUGGCCACUCCUCAGAUGGCUGUUAGAGAUCCUGACUGGGUCAUUGCUGCCUAAAAUGCAUCCAAAGAUUCAGUAUCUCCUCCCUCUGCAUGCAGACACUGAACUCUUAGAGAUUCAUUGAUUCAAUUAAGGAGGAGAUGCUGAUUGGCCAGGGCUGUGUUUGAAUCAUGCUGGCUCUGCCCCUGAUCUGCCUCUUUGUCAGUCUCAGCUAAUCCUAUGGGAAAGCAUUGUGAUUGGAUCAGGCUACCACUUCUGCUGAUGUCAGGAAAAGGCAGAAGCUUCAGACUUGAAUACAAGUAAGAUUUUACUAUCUUUAGGGUGGCAAAGGGGGCUAGAUAGUGUUUUUAACACUAUAGGGUCAGGAAUACAUGUUUGUGUUCCUGACCCUAUAGUGCUCCUUUAACCGAAUAUCCGAACCAAAUUUUUUGCCCAUGCACAUCCCUAAAAAAAAGGGUAAACAUAUAUACAGUUAUUAUGAAUAUGUGCUUAGAAAACCAAUCUAUACAGUGGUAAGUUUGUCUUUUUUACUUUGUUUCUCUCUAAUUUACAGACUAUCCUGCCAUAUUUAGUGGAAAAAAUAUUGGAAUUCUGGACCCUUGUGAAACUGUGUUCCACAGAGGAGGCUGCUCCUGGAACCUGGGGCAAAAUAAGGAGUCUAUUGAGGAGUUAGCUGACCAAUUUCACCCUUUUCAGACAGUCUUGGAAGCCAUCGAUCGAGGUUCUUGGAGUGAAAUUCUUAAAUCUGGCUGUUUCAAGGGGACACUUUUUCGGUUUCCUUUUAGACUCGCUCCUUCUGAAAUUUCUGAAAAUGUUUACAGUUCAGAGAGAGUUCAAGAGCUCUUUGAAUCUUUCAUUAGGGAUGCUUGCAUCAGCCUUCUUUUCCUGCGCCAUGUGACAAGUGUAUCUCUGAAGAGAAUUGGGAGUGAUGGAGUGUUGACAAACCUUCUUACCGUCAAUGCAUCUUCUGAGAGUUCGGAUGAAACGGAGACUCCUGAACUCAAGACUGGAACACAUGUAAAAAUCACCACAGUAAAGCAAUUUGACAUAGAAAAGGAAGAGUUUAAAUGGCUGAUGACAACUUGUUCGGUUCAUGGGUAUCUCUUUGCAGACCUUGAGGAGCUCAGUAAGAAGUUGUACAACAAUAUUGCCCUUGAUCUGGCUUUCCCUUUAACCAAAGGAGGCAUUGACUUGUUUGGUGGCCGUCUAAGCUGUGUACUGCCACUUCCUGACAAGGACGAAAAUAGAACAGGACUCCCACUGAUCAUCAAUGGUUGUUUUGAUCUAACUGAUGAUCGAAGAAGCAUAAAGUGGAUUGAAGUUGACCAACAGCAUGAUGAUGCUGCUAAAUGGAACCAUAUUCUGGUAGAAAGGCUCCUGCCUCUUGUCUACAAAUGUGCAAUAAUGCACGCGGUUUCUUUAGCGAAGACCUCAAAGAUUACAGUUGAGGAGGCUUACAGUAUUUGGCCAGACCCAGUUAAGACACAACAUAAAGGAAAAUGGCAUAAUAUUACUAAAGAACUGGCCAAAUUAUUGAUUAAUGAGAGACUUCUACAAACUGCUGACAAAUCAUGUUGGGUAGCCACAAAUGAAGCCAUAUUUAUGUUCAUUGAUAAUGACGGCAUGCAAAAAUGUCUAGAGGAUCUUCUUUUGUUACUGAAAAAACCUCUUGUUAAAAUUCCAGGACAUGUUUACCGAACGCUUACAUUAUCUGAGAUCAGUCAUGCAAAGCUGAAUAUUGUAUCUCCCUUGUUUAUUCGGACUGUCAUGCACAACAGUAACUGGAGUGCCUUUCCAAACGAAAAGAAAAUGCUACUUUUGACUUAUGUUAUCAGUGAUGGGCAAUUUAAUGAUUUGUUAAAUCUUCAACUCCUUCCGUUGUCUGAUGGGACAUUCAUAAGCUUUCAGAACAAUGUUUCGAGUGGGAUGGCAUACAUUGAUAGCCCAAACUUUCCAAGGUAACACAAAGAACAAAACGUCAGCAUCAUUGGAUGUGGUAGAUAUAGGGACUUUAAGUGGAUACUCAAUUUACUUAAUUAACUGAGCAGAAGGCAAGAAAUAAUUGUAAAUGAAAGACACUGUGCAAUAAGUGCAGUCUCACUACUCAAUGUUUUGCCAUUUAGUAGUAGAAUCAUAUUUGUGUCUGUUUAUGUAGCCCUAGCCACACCUCCCAUAGCAGUGGCCAUGAAAAGAAAAUUGUUUACAUUUCAAUCAGAUCUUACAGCACAGUAUGUUUCUUUGGAAGCUUUUAUCUCUGGCCAUGUUAAUUGAACUUUUAUCACACACAUGAGGCUGUUGCAAGCUCUGAACCGAGCAGGAGGUAAGACAUUUUAAAUUAAACAUACUGUGCAAUAAAUAAAGCUAAAAUCAUAUUUUCUUUUCCCCGUAAGGUUGUAGAGGGGCUUUUCUGAGUCUAAACCAAGGGAGGUGUUACUGCUACUUGGUAGAGAACUGAGCAGUGAGACUGGAGGGACAUGAUCCUCAACCAAAGACAAUUAAGCUAAAGAUGUUUUGGUGUUUAGAGUGUUCCUUAGACUUCUAGUUCUAACAAUUCUUCACCUAGAUUAGCUGAUAACUUUUUAACCCCUUAAGGACCAAACAUCUGGAAUAAAAGGGAAUCUUGACAUGUCACACAUGUCAUGUGUCCUUAAGGGGUUAAUCUCCGUUUCUUUCACUUUUUUUUAAAUGGUAAGAAUUGGCCAUUUUGUUUUUUAUACAAUGUCGAUGUGAUAUUUUAAACCAAGCCAAUAUAAUUCCUUCUAUAGAGAGACAAUGUUUUCAAUAGAUUUCUUUCAAUUUUGGGAAUGCCACUUUGAAACUAUAGCUACUUUGUGAUAUUUUUACACUACAUUGUGUAAAGCAAGCAUGUCAAACUCAAAGUGUGGCACGAGCCACAUAAACCAGGUUUAAGUUUAUGUGGGCCGCACACACACAUACAUACUCACUGACAGUCACACACACAUACAGACACACCACACACAUACUCACAGAAAGACACACACAUACUCACAGACAGACACACACAGACAGACACACACAAACAUACUCACAGACAGACACAUACAGACACACACACACACACACUCAUACUCACUGACAGACACACACAUACUUGCUGACAGACACACACUGACAGACACACACAUACUUGCUGACAGAGACACACUCACUGACACAGACAGGCACACACACUCACACAGGGCUGGUUUUAGGCGCCCUGGGUGAGACAUCUUUGCAGCGCCCCCCUAUCCCCUGUCAUCCAUGUAUAGUGUGUGUAAAGAAGUAUAGUGAUUGUAAAGGGGAUUUAUUAAAUUAAUACUGAUUUAAAAAUAUUAAUUACACACACACAGAGUUACAGGCAGACCAUUACAAACACACACAGGUACAGAUGGACAGUCACGUACAUACAGCCACAUAUACAGUGUCACACACACCGUUACAUGCAGGCAGCCACACACACUCACACACACACAGGCAGACAACCACACACACUCACACGCACACACAGGCAGACAGCCACACACACGCACACACGCAGACAGCCGCACACACAGGCAGACAGCCGCACACACAGGCAGACAGCCGCACACACAGGCAGACAGCCGCACACACAGGCAGACAGCCGCACACAGGCAGACAGAAGCCGCACACACAGGCAGACAGCCGCGACACACAGGUAGACAGUCAAGACACACAGGCAGACAGCCGCGACACAGGUAGACAGCCGCGACACACAGGCAGAUAGAAGCCGCACACACAGGCAGACAGCCACACACACGCACACACAGGUAGACAGCUACACACACGCCACACAGGUGACAGCCACACACACACGCAUACACAGGCAGACAGCUACACACACGCAUACACAGGCAGACAGCCACACACGCACACAUAGGUAGACAGCUACACACACGCUAUUGGCCACAGGUGACAGCUACACACACGCACAUUACACAGACAGCCACACACACGCAUACACAGGCAGACAGCUACACACACGCACACACAGGCAGACAGCCACACACACGCAGGCCACAGGCAGACAGCCACACACACGCACACACAGGCAGACAGCUAGACACACGCACACACAGGCAGACAGCCACACACACGCACACACAGGCAGACAGCCACACACACGCACACACAGGCAGACAGCCACACACACGCACACACAGGCAGACAGCCACACACACGCACAUAGGCAGACAGUCACACGCACACAUAGGCCGACAGUCACACGCACACAUAGGCCGACAGUCACACGCACACAUAGGCCGACAGUCUCACGCACACAGAAGCCGACAGUCUCACGCACACAGAAGCCGACAGUCUCACGCACACAGAAGCCGACAGUCUCACACACACACAGAAGCCGACAGUCUCACACACACACAGAAGCCGACAGUCUCACACACACCGAGGGAAACAGUCACACACACACAGACACAGGCAGACAGUCACACACACACACAGACACAGGCAGACAGUCACACACACAGUCACACAUAGUUACCUCUAUUCAUUAUGGAGGAGUGGAAACAGUGCAGCUUCUGGAUUCUGGUUGUUGGGGAAGCAGGGACUCCUUCCUGCUUCCCAUGCAGCAAUUAUCUGGCACUUCUAGUCCCGCCCCCACUGUUAUUUAGCCCCGCCCCGUCGCAAUGUUUUUUUUUUUUUUUUUUUAUCCCGGGUUGAGAACAAUGAAAUCCUCCACACGGGUAGCCGGUGUGUGAGCUGUGUCGGGCCCCAGGGCGCCCCCUGUUCCAUGGUGCCCUGUGCGGCCGCACAGCUCUCACACCCCUAAGACCAGCCCUGCACUCACACACUUUUCUUUAUUGCGCCCUACCUUAUGGAGCCAAUGUGGGGCAUCUCCCUGGGGUCCUUCCUGCUCCACACUGCUCCUGCGCGGUUUAGUGAUGCCUGGUGCCGGAAUAUGACAUCAUAUUCCGGCGACCAGCUUCACUUCAGUGGGCGAGCGUGAGCUCCCUCGCUGGCCCUCCUCCCUGGCCAGAUAAGUGUUAGCAUAGUAGGCACCUGCAAUAUGGAGAAAGCAGGUGCCUACUCUGCUAUAACACUGAGCAUGCACUCGCUGCCCGCGAGUUUCACAUCCUUGGUGUGGAGAGUAUUGCUGUGUUGCUGUAGUAAUUAUUCCAGAUCAGUGUAAUAAAAAGUAAGUAAUAUUUCUAUGAUGGUAACUUUUUGUAUUAAUUAACUAGGACUUUAUUGCCUGGACUUGUGAAAAGAUUUAUACCAGAGGAUCUACCCAGUGAUCUUCUUUCUCAUCUAAGGAACAUUGGUUUAAAAAGUAAGUUGCUUUAAUUCCAUUCUAUUCCAAAGGACAAUCGUGUUGAUGGAUCUGUCACUUUAAAGGGCUUUCAGUCAGGAGAUAUAAAAAAAAAGUCUUUAUAUUUAAGAUAAAGAACUUAACAAUUAGGUUAACAGUUAUUAUUAAAGGAACACUAUAGUCACCUACACAACUUCAGCUUAAUGAAGCAGUUUUAGUGUAUAGAUCAUGCUUCUCCGGUUUCACUGCUCAAUUCACCGCCAUUUAGGAGUUAAAUCACUUGGUUUCUGUUUAUGCAGCUCUUGUCACACCUCCCCUGACUCUGACACAGCCUGCAUGAAAAGAAAACUGGUUUCACUUUCAAUCAGAUGUAAUUUAUCUUAAACACAUGUAUCUCUUUCUCUGUAAAUUGAACUUUAAAGGACCACUAUAGUCACCCAGACCACUUCAGCUCAAUUAAGUGGUCUGGGUGCCAGAUCCCCUAGGUUUUAACCUUGCACCUGUAAACAUAGCAGUUUCAGACAAACUGCUACGUUUACAUUGCAGGGUUAAUCCAGCCUCUAGUGGCUGUCUUCCUGAGGCGCUUACGCAACGCUCAAUGCGAAAAUUACAUCGAGCAUGUAGAACGUCCAUAGGAAAACGUUGAGUAAUGCUUUCUUAUGGGUGAUUUGAAUAUGCGCGUGGCUCUGGCUGUGCAUGCGCAUUCGGCUCCACUCGCGAGCUGACAUUGGAGGGGGAGGAGAAAUCACCAGCGCCGAGGGAGCCCGGCGCUGGAUUAAGGUAAGUGGCUGAAGGGGUUUUAACCCUUUCAGGCCAGCGGGAGGGGGGCCCUGAGGGUGGGGGGGACCUAAGGACUAUACAGUGAAAACAAAUUUGUUUUCCUGGCACUACAGUGGCCCUUUAAUCACACACAGGAGGCUCUUGCAGGGUCUAGCAAGCUAUUAACGUACCAGUGGAUAAGAAUAUCUAACUUAAACAGAACUUAGAUGACUCGUUACAGGAAGUGUUUAUGAAGGCUGUGCAAGUCACAUGCAGGGAGGUGUGACUAGGGUUCAUAAACAAAGUGAUUGAACUCCUAAAUGGCAGAGAAUUGAGCAGUGAGACUGCAGGGACAUGCACACCAAAACUGCUUCAUUAAGCUAAAGUUGUUUUAGUGACUAUAGUGUCCCUUUAAGUAAUUGAAGUAAAAAAGGCUUACCAUUUUGCUGCACUUGAUUUACCAGUAUAACGCCUGCAAAGGUGACAUGUUGACUUUUAAACAAAUGAAUUAGAUGUUUUGAAUUCACAUAAAAGUAUUCCAAAGGGGAAGUCAGUUGAGGAAUAUCAGUGAUUAUGAUCAAUGUGUAGAGCGGAUUUCAAUUCCCAUCAAACACAACCAUUCAUUGAAUAAUUGUAUAUGUAGUCCAAAUUAGGAACAGGAUUGUUUGUAUGUUGUCAGUUACACCAUGGAAAAUUAAUGUUGUGGUUCACAGUUGGGUAUUAAUCCCUCACACUGCAAUGAAACUGGGAGGGUGGAUCGCGGCUGUGGUUGCAAGUGCACUGGGUGAAGAGGGGCACCACCGCCAGAUAACCAUAAGCUCCGUCUCUGAUUGGCCUUCCCCCCUCGAGCUGGCAGGGAGAUCAAAUGAUUUCCCUGCAUGGUGCUUUAGAAAUCGUUACUUGGUGGUCCUCGGUCCCGGCGCUCUGUGAGGCAGACAGACCGCAAAUGCUUGGUUUCCGAUCCUGCUUUGACUUCCUCUCAUAUUGUCAGACUAGAAAGCCUACAGACUAGUGGACCAUCAGUAAAAAUAUCACUGCCCCUUUUGUGACAAGGAGGUAAGCAAAAAGAGGGGAAUGUUAUAUAUAAUUACUAUAUUCUAGAUCUGUGUGGGGAGACUGUGCUUAACACUCCCUACAUACUGUCACUCUCCCCCACUUGUGACACUCACCACCCUAUCACACUCACCUCUCUCACCCUGUAACAUUUACCCACACCCUAACUCUCCCACCUAACCCUGUCACACUCACACCCCCCCAUCUUGUCAUAUUUACCCCCCUCACCCUGCCAUAGUCCCAACCCUACUCACCUUAUCACAUUCACCCCCUGAAGAUAGUCAGCAUCAUACACAGUCCCCUCUCACACAUGAAACACAGCCUCACCAUAAACACAACACACAAAGACCGCAUGCAGCCCUCCUUACACAAAACAUAAUUGCUAUAGAAGCCACUGAGGCACCUAGAAAAACUAGUGGUCAGAUGCAUAAUAAAAUCAUUAACUAAUUCCCCCCCACCCCCCAAAAAAUAUAUAAUAUUUAUACGAGGGUAUCAAAACCUGGCUGCCUGCACUUGAAAGGCAGUAACACCCAACUGAGCUUUUGUCUCGGGUGAAAGAAUGUCUAGUUUUGACACUGCCUUAUCCCACCAUCCUCAGGAUGAGGAAAUGAAACUUGCCAGGCCUUCUAUGGCUACGAUGGGUUUUGAUGGCCUCUCCUAAAUAUUUUUGGGGGUGAACUUCUCUGGCCCCUGUAGAAUAACUAGGGGAUUAUACAGAUACUUGCUUUAUUCAUUAUUUCAUUAAAAAAAAACAAAAAAACAAAAAAAAACAACCCACUAAUUUGUCCUUUCUGGUUAUAUCAGGGUUCAGUACAUAGGCAGAACACUAGGGGUUGCCAUGGUCGCUAGUCCGACUGAGCCCUAUGUAUUCCACCUGACACAGGGGGUCCAUGAGCUUGCCGGCUGGCCCUGUUAGGGCACACAUUAGGUGGGCGGCUGUGUGGUAAUGCAGAGUAGACACCUGCUUACCAGGACGUCAGUUAUAAAAGCACCGAAAUUUCGUCUGCUGACAUUUUUGUCCGACAAAGGGCCUAUCCUAUUUUGGAUGAAAAUGAGCUAAAUGUGCCCAUUUCUUAUUUUAGGCCAAAUUAGCCAAACUGAAAACAAUUGUUUUUGUUUUUUUUCUAGUUUAGUUAUUAUGGCCUAAAAUAUGAAAUUCACUGUAAGUUGCUGACAAUUAAAAAGUCUAAUACUAAAUCAAUUAUAGAAAAAAUAAUUUUAAAACAAUUUUGGGGAAAAAAGUCACUUUUGGUUUUCGGCCAAGGGCAUCCUGAAUUUUCGGUUUCGGCCCAGAAUUUUCAUUUUGGUGCAUCCCUAACGACAGUUUCCUGCUCUGCUGAAAUAUAUUGUGUCCGGUGAGGGAGCUCUGAUCUGUGUGCUCAUCCAACACUUAUGCCUCGCAUGCACUGCAGUGAUGAAUGGUUAUGACAUUACUAAAGAGCAUGCUUACCUAUCACUGUUACUCUCCUAGCAGGUGCUUGCUGGGAGAGUAUGGGAUGCACUGAGGCCAGUGUGCUAGCAGUGAAGCCAGCAUGCUAGCAUUGCAAUCCCCAUGCUGAUGCUAAGAGAAGUGACCCCAAGUAGGGCCAAUCACUUUACAUCCACAUGCAGCCAAACCCCAUGUACAAUCCACUCAGCACAAAUACCCAAAAUAACUGUCCGCAAUUGUGCAAUCCAGAAUUAGGGACAAUGCCUUCUCAGGCCAAGAUUUGGGUAACUAGCUAAAUAAUAACACCAUUAAAUAUGUAAUGAACAUUCAUAAUCAAUAGCCACUUUAUAGGUAAUAAAUAUAUUUAUUUUUUUUCAGGAACUUACAAAAACCUUAUGUGUCUUGAUGAAGUUGUUGUAUGCAGGAGUUUGAGUGAAGCACUUCCAAAAACAUGGCUCAAACGUCAUGACAUUGUCACAUGGUGCCCAGGAGAACCAAACAAUCCACCAUUGAACUGGCUUCCUACAUUCUGGGCUUUCCUACAAAGAUAUGACUACAUUUUAGAAUCGCUUGAAGAUCAACCACUUGUGCCACUAAAUUCUAUUACACAAAACACCAACGACAUUAAGCUUGCUCCAUUGAAAAAAAAUACUACUUUAGUUUUUCAAAAAAAAGAUGGCUACAUCUUGAAUGACUGCCUUACUGCAAUGCUAGAGCAGGCAGGCUGCAGUGUGAUACAGCAAGAGAACUCUUGGUUAUGGCACAAAAAUAUCCAAAAAUAUAUCCUGGUACCCUCUCCAAAUAACAUUUUAGAGAUAUUUUCCCAUCUGAAUUUAAAAGAGCUUGUACGACUAUUUUUGAAUUCAUCUAGAGAAGAUGCUAAAAUGUUCUGUGACUAUAUUUCUCAAGCACGUUCUUUUACUGCCUCUGAACUGAAGAUUUUGUACCAGCUGCCUAUCUUUUGCAGUACCAACAAUAUACAUUUCUCUGACUCUAGACUAGUAAAUGCUGGUCAUUUAAGAGCAGUGGACAAAACCACUACCCCCACUGUACCCGAAGACCUUGUAUUCCCAGAUGUUUUCAUAUGUUGCAGAGGUGGAUCAGAUCGCAGGCUUUUACAGUUGAUGAAAAUUCCUUUACUAAAUGCAUCUGAUGUGGCUUUAGUAUUUGUUAAAGCCAUUCAGAGUGGUUCUUAUGCUCACUAUCAGAACAAGGCUCAGGAUGCAAUGCUAUGGAUUUUGAGGAAUGGACACAUAGUUUUCACUCAGAAUGAUGUACUCCGACGCAUGUGUGCAAGUCUUAAUUUUAUCCCUCAGAAUGGUAAAGUUACACAAGCAUCUCUUCUUUUUGACCCAAAGGUGCAAAUAUUUCAAGAACUAUUUGAACCAGAGAAUUUUCCACCACCACCAUAUAAUGAAGAUUUAAUCUUGAAGUCACUGAGGACUUUAGGUUUGAAAGAUUCAUUAGACAACAUUAAACCAGAUGAUGUCCUUCAGAUUGCUAAAACAAUAAGUCAACUAAAAUGUCAUACGACCGCUAAGAAGAAAGCAGAGGCUCUCAUUAAAGUUUGCAACACGUCUAAUAUUUUAUCUAAACUUAACAAACCUGAUUUAAAGACCCUCUGCGGCACCUCAUGGGUUCCAGUUGAUGUGAACAAGUUCACAGAUGUGUUCAGUGAGCCAAAACAGUCGAGAGAUAUGAUGUAUAGCAACAUAGUAGAAUUCUCAAUGCCUCUAACAAAUGAUUUUAACAAACAGGCAAGUAGCAUUCUAGGCCUAAGUGACCUACCACCUCCUGGCAAAGUACUUGAAAAUCUCAAGUCUUUCAGCCAAAAUAUCAAUCAAAUAGACCAAUUCUCCUUUUAUAGGAAACUUCAUGACAUUUACAAAUACAUAAAAGACCAUGUUGAGCAGUUUUAUGAUGACCUUCACCAUGUGCUGAUUUGGAAUGGGGAAGGUUUUUCUUACCCCCAAAAUAUUGUGUUGUCCUAUCCUGACGGUUUGGAUCUGUCCACCUAUGUAAAAAAAGUCCCAUCUGAUUUUCUAAUUUACAAAUCUCUUUUUAUUCAGUGUGGUGUGCACAGUUCUCUUCCAGAGGAUAAGGUGAUUAAUAUACUUCAUGUUCUAAACCACAGCAUAGAGACUAGAAUCCCACCAUCUGGUGAUAAUAAAGAACUGAGAUUGGCAGUUUCCAUUCUUGACUGGAUGAAAACAAAUAAUGUUCAUGGAUCGGAUGAUCUUCCUAUCCCAGUGCAAACUGGCAAAUGUGGAUUUUGCUUGAAACCUUUAUCUACAACUUUAUUUUGCGAUAUAGAUAAACUCCGUAUUAAUGGCCUUUGUCCUGAGGGCACAAAUUAUUAUAUUGUCCAUGAAGAAGUGUCUCCAGCAACAGUCAGAUUUUUAAACAUCCCCCUUUUGAGCACCAAACUAUUACAACCAGAAUAUUUUGAACUGGCUGGGCCCUCUGAACCAAUUACUCUCAGAAUUAAGAAUAUACUGAGAGAGUACAGUGAACAUGUUGAACUUUUUAAGGAGAUUAUACAGAAUGCAGAUGAUGCAAACUCCACAGUAUGUGAAUUUUUAGUGGAUAUGAGGCAAAACUCAGAAUCGCGACAAAGUCUGAUAGAUGCUGAUAUGGCCAUGUGUCAUGGACCUGCACUAUGGUGCUACAACAAUAGUAAGUUCACCGAAAAUGAUUUUGUCAACAUCACCCGUGUUGGAGGAGCCACUAAAGAAACACAGUUAAAUAAAAUUGGGAAAUUUGGUUUGGGUUUCAAUACGGUCUAUCACAUAACAGAUGUACCUUCAAUUAUGAGUGGCUCAAAGCUUUUAAUAUUUGACCCGAACAUCAACCACAUGAAGAAACACAUUCCUAAUGGAAGCAACCCAGGAAUAAAACUAAACCUGCAGAAAAAUCCUGAAACGCUCAAGAUAUUUGCCGACCAAUUCCAACCAUUUUCAAAAGUAUUUAGCUGUGAUCUUAAGAGUCCAUUUCAUUUUGAUGGGACUUUAAUUCGCUUGCCUUUUCGGACAGAAACAGAAGCUAAGAUUUCUCAAAUAUGUGAACAUGUUUACAACGAAGAAAACAUUAAUAUCUUUUUAAACAGUUUUGAAAGCAGUGCAGACAUUCUGUUAAUUUUUCUGAAAAAUGUUGAAAGGGUGACACUGAAUUUUCUUCCCAAAGAUCUUCACCCCGAGAAGAAGACUACACGAAUGGAUCUACACAGAGACAGAAUAAAAAGAUUGGAGGUGCCUGAAAGUGUAUUUCCACAGCAGAAACGGAUAACUGCUUCUAACAUACUUGGAGUUAGUACAGAUGAAUAUGAUGUCACUGGGUCAAACAUAAUCAAACUUACAGUGCAACAAUUAGAGGCAACUAAGGAACAGCAUUAUUUGGUGCAAUCUAGUCUCGGAAUCAAAGGGUCAUUGCAAAUGUUCACUGAGAAUCCUAAAACAAAGUUUUCCCUUCCUAUUGCUGGAGUUGCUCUACCACUUAAGAAAAAUCACGAAACGGGUAGAUGGAGCCCUGAUUUGUUGGACUUUAAAGGGGUGGCUUUCUGUUUUUUACCACUCCCUAUUUUCUCGGGGCUCCCUUUUCAUUUAAAUGGAUCAUUCUCUGUUAUGUCCAAUAGGAAAAGCUUGUGGGAUACAACAGAAAAGGGUGAAUGGAACAAACGUUUAUGUUGCGAUGCGGUCUUGGUUGCACUGAUAACAGCCCUGUUACAGUUACAAGAACAAAGUCUGAAUGGGGCAUUAGAAAACUAUCAAUACCAUACAUUCUGGCCUGAUAUUACAAAAGUUAAGUCACAGUUCACAGAGGCAGUGAAAGCUUUUUAUCAAGCCAUGGCAUUUGGAUUUGCAGACUACCUCCCAGCUCUCUUUAGCAAUGGACAAGAAAGCUGUACAAUAAAACAUGCUUGUUUUUUGCAGCUAGAGAAUACCAGUUCAAAUGGUUCAAAUUCAGAAACUAUUCAAAAACUUGCUACAAAAGUGUUUUCACAGUUCCUACCAAAACCUUAUCUUGCAGUGUCCAUUCCAGAAUGGGUUAAAACCAGCUUCAUUAACAGCAACUGCUUCACCGAGCUUCAUAACAAUUAUUUCAAUUGUGAACGUUUUUACAGAGAUAUUGUAUUUGAAAAUCUUGACUCUCUAGAUACAGAAGACAGAAAUGCUCUCAUACGUAAUGCAAUUGACAUGCAAAACAAACAGCUAAAUGAGCUGCUGUUAUCAAAACCUUGCAUCCCAACAUCUCCCAACGGAAAGCUACAAUUUAUUACGAAGCUGGUGCAUCCUGAAGGUUUAGUAUCAACAUUGUAUAACCAGGAGGAUGAGUGUUUUCCUCAAGGUGCAGAUUUCUUGAAAACCGACAGAUUAGCACGCUUACAGUUUCUUGGCAUGGUCAAAGAUAAAAUUCCUAUGAAAGAACUAAUGGAAAGGGCAGCAAAAAUAAAUGAAGUUUGGAAACAGGAUAGAAACGCAGGAUUACAAAAAAUGUCCUGCGUGUUGGAGCUGAUAAAUGAUUUGUGUCACCAGUCAAAGGAUAACAUAUCCCAGAGAGAAUUCAGGAGCAUUGCCUUUCUUCCAGCAUUAUCACCUAAAAGCAUAUUUGAUGGGACAAUAAAAACUGAUUUAAUGAAAUCCACAGAUAUCUUUCAUUCCAAAUACAAGGACCUUGUUUGCAUGAUCAAACCAGUUCUUUGGGAAGAUGAUCUGGGAGAAUUAUUUACAUUUUCUCAAUCAACUCUGUCUUUUUUAGGCCUUGAUCAGCCUCCUAAUUGGGAACUGGUGAUUUCACAACUGACAGAAAUCCACAAAAUAUCCAAUUUAUUAAAAACAGAAGAAAUGUCUCAAAUGGUCAGGAGCUGCUAUAGCUUUUUAAAUAAGUUUAUACAAAAAGGGCCAAGCCAAGCCAAACGCAUUCGAGAAAGAACUGAAGGCAUUCCUUUUGUUUAUGUUAAUAGAGACUUUGUGCCACUGGACUCUCUUGCAUUUGAAAUGCCUUUUGAUGCUUCACCUUAUCUGUAUAAAUUGCCAAAUGAGUAUAAGGUGUUUCAUAAUCUGUGGGAUUGUGUUGGACUGCGUGAAAAAUUCACAAUCAAACAUUAUACCACUGUCUUUGAAAACAUGGCUAUGAAAUAUAAAAAUAGCCCCCUGCCGCAAAAGGAAACCUCAUUGGCUAUACAGAUAAUAAAUCAUUUUGCAAUCUAUGAGGAGGAUUCCAUUCAUUCACUUAACCUUUGUGCCCAGCAAAUUUUUAUACCUGACCAACAAUGUAUAAUGUGUCACAGAGAUAAAAUUUAUUUCAAUGAUACUCCAUGGCUGCUUUCUGACAAAAGCUUGCGUUUCUGCCAUGAUUUAAUUCCACGCUCUGUGGCUCUGAAAUUGGGGAUUAAAACAAAAAUUCACCAUACAUUGCAAAAAAUGAAAGUUUCUAACCUCUCUCAUUGGGUCUUACAAUUUGGUGCCAAAGAAGAGAUAACUACACGCAUCAAAAACAUUAUAGGUGAAUAUUCCUCUAAGAAGGAUAUCUUGAAAGAACUCAUUCAGAAUGCUGAUGACUCAGAGGCUACGGAAAUUCACUUUGUGUUGGACAACAGAACACACAAAACUACGAAGAGUUUUGGGGAAAGUUGGAAACCAUUGCAGGGACCAUCUCUGUGCAUCUACAACAACAAGACAUUCGACUCUAAAGACAUUGAAGGCAUUCAAAUGCUAGGUAUAGGUGGUAAAGGAGACCGUGUUGACAAAACUGGGAAAUUUGGACUGGGGUUUAAUACAGUUUACCAUAUAACUGAUUGCCCUUCAUUUGUGACUGAAGAUUUUUUUCUGUGUGUUUUUGAUCCUAAUCUAGCUUUUUUACCAACAUCUGAAACCAGCAGCCCAGGAGGAAUGUUCAAGCUAGAUCAAGAAUUCAAGAACACUUUUGAAGAUGUAUAUCAUACUUACCUCCCUGAGUUGUUUAACCUUCAAGAGGGUACACUUUUCCGUUUACCUUUAAGGAUGGCAAACACAGUAGAAAAGUCUAAGAUUUGCAACCAAACUGUCUCUUUGGAAGAUAUCCGAAUAAUGUGCAAGGAAUUGGAAGAGGAUGCAGACAGCAUGAUACUGUUUUUAAACCACAUUAAAAAGAUAACAUUCUCUGAAAUCUCUUGCAUCGGUGACAAUAAAAAGUUGCUGUCCAUUACAACAGAAAUGGAGCCAUUAGAUGAAAACGGAAGGUCUGCUUUUCAACAUAAAAUAUCCCAACUUGCAGAGGAUGACAAAUUUGAAAUUGGCACUGAGCCAUUAAGUGUAUCUUACAAAAUGGUAAUAAAAUGCAAUUCCAAGAAACCAAAACAUUGGCUUAUUGAUAAACAGGUUGGUAUUGAAGGUGAUAAAGCACUGGCUGAGUUUCAUAGGAUUUCUAAGCUUUUGCAGAAGACUAUUGCUCCCCAUGGAGCUAUAGCUACAUGUCUUGAUCAACGUGUUAAAGGACGGGCCUUCUGCACUUUGCCACUUCCUGCAGAGACUGGACUUCCGGUACAUAUCAGUGGAACAUUUGUAGUGGAUGCUGCACGCAGGGACAUCUGCGAAGAAGAUGGCAGAAGUCUGAAAACUGAAUGGAAUUCAUUUAUACUUUCAAAUGUCAUAGCACCAUUGUAUGUCAAGCAUCUUAAGAGCCUUAAGAAAGAAAUAACGUCAGGUAGAGAAACAAUUAUUUUUAAAAGCUGGAAUUCCUGUAGAGACCCCCUUGAUAACUUUUUAAGCCAUUUUCCUAAAAGCAUUGCUGGCAUGUCCCAACUAUGGAAGACUAUGGUUAACCAAGUGUAUCGUACUAUAUUUGAAAAACAAGUUAAAUUGGUCCCAGUUUAUAAAACACAAUCAAAGCAAAACAAAUAUAAUGAGAGCGUAUCUGUGGAAAUUAGGUGGACAAAAAUUGAUCUUAGUCUCUUAAUUGAAGCACCAUAUUUUCUCCAAAGAGAAAAAUAUGAAGAUAACCUUCUGGUUCCUGUUCUGCAGGCAGUCAACAUGAAACUAGCUUAUGACAACUCUCAGUAUUCCAUAUGUGAAGAGUUCAAAGAAGCAGGUGUUGAAGUCCUGGAAUUAAGUCCUAAAACUUUAUGCAACUUUCUAAGAAAUGUCCCACUUCAUUCACAAGAGAAGAGCCAACCCUUGAAAGUUUCUGAAACUUUUCUUAAAAAAAAUGAAAAUUGCAAGUUACUUUUGAAAUACUGUUUCAUUGGGCAAAAUAGUAAUCAAAGUGAAAAUGUAGAUCUGCAAGGUGUUCCUCUUUUGGUGACUGAAGAUGACAUGCUUCAAUCAUUUGACAGAGAAAAUCCUAAAUAUUAUUCAAAAUUCAGUAACCUAUUCCCAGCUUACAAACACCUAUUUACAAAGUGCGAGGGCGCAUGCAUUGACACACUAGAGAAGCAUUGCUUCUUAAAACCUUUAACUAUCCAAAAUGCUGCUUUUUUUAUAAAAGCACAUCUAGGUGAGUCAUACAAUAUUUCUCCCACAGAGGAUUGUGCAGGUCAGUUUGUACGUGAAAUCAACAAUGAACCUUGGUUAAAACAUCUAUGGUGCUUCUUUCAAAGUGAGCUACAUAGCAAGAGAAAUGAAGAGAGAAUGCAACUAUUUAAGGGCAUUUUAUCCUUAUUCAAUGAUUGGGCUAUAUUACCAGUGUGCUAUGGAAAACAUUCUAAGAAAAACGUUCUAAUUCCACUUGCCAAGCUCAAGAACACUCUACGAUCUUUUGAUGAUGGUGAAGUGACCAAAAGUCUUUUUGAGCUGGGAUUCUCCCGUGUGAAGUCUUCAUUACUGCCUUCAGACCUAUAUGUUGAAUACAUUUAUCCUGCUCUUAUGGAAACAAAAGAUGUCAGUAUAGUGCUGCAACAAUUAUGUUCUAAAAGUCAUCUUCAAUGGAAUGAACUUGAGGCGAUCUCUUUUGAAAUUCUUCUGAAUUUCUUUUUACAUGGUUUACAAAAUAAAAGCAACAGUAAAACCUUAACAGACCAACUUCAAUCUUUACCCUUAUUUGAGAACCACAAAGGAAUGCGAAAGUGUUUGAACAUUUAUGAAAAAAUUUACAUAUUAGACACUAAUCGCGAGUUGGAGUUUAUAAAACUUUACGAGCUGGACCCACAAACCAUUUUCUUGAAAAAUAAUGCAACUAAUAGAAAUUUAUGUAAACAUAUAAACAUUCAAAUAAUCAAAGAAGUAGAUUUUCUAGUAGAAUUUCUCCUUCAUAACUUGGCAUCUGUACACGAAGAGGAAUUCUUACAUAUUCUUAAACUGAUUUUGGAAAUAAGUCAUCUGCCCGAAUACCAAAAUAAAAAAGAUACUGUUAUCUCCACCUUGAAACCAAUUAAGUUAAUCAGAGACAAAAAUGGAGCACUUCAGCAGGUAUCAUACUUUUACAAUCAUGAAAUACCCAUUUUUAACAUUUUCGAGUUCCAAUCAAUGUUUAUCCCGGAGGACUUCAUGAAACCAUUUAAAAAAUAUGGAAAUUGUUUCAAUACUCUACUACUGGACCUUGGUAUGAAAAAUGCACUUUCAGAAAAUGACUUUAUUAGGUUUGCAACCAAUAUUGAAAGGGAUGCAAAAGAUAAUGACAGAUCAAAAUCCCUUAAGCCAAAGGCUAAAGCACUGUUCAACUACUUACUGUCCAUGGGUGAAAAAAACCUCCGUAAUGAUUUCAUAACUAAACUGGGAAACAUUAAGUUCCUCUUUCCUUUAGAUGUACACAAAGACUUAAAAUCCCUCUUUCCUUCACAUUCAGAGAACACUACAAUCGCACUUAAAGGGUCCCUGUUAAAGAAAUGUGAGGAAUAUGAAUCAUUAACUUGGACUUCAAUGGACUUGAUCAAAAAUCGGACCUACUUAGACAAGAAAAAGCUGAGCAUUUUAGAAAAGUGUGGUGUUCUGCUUGAGCCACCAAUUUGUCAUGUGGUGAACAAUCUAAAAAAUAUUUGUAGUGCUUCAUGUGACAAUAAAACAUUAAAGACCACUAGGAGUCAAGUUCUUAAAUUAUCUUAUAAUUUCCUUCAGAACAAAAACACCUUUGACCCUCACACCUUUGCAGACAUUCGAUUAAUUUUAUUAGAAGAUAACAAUGUAACUGAGCCAGGAAAUGUAGUUUUUAAUCUUUACAAUGAAGACCAUUUUUCACCUUAUCUAUUCAAGUUGCCUCCACUUCUUGCAUGCUACAGUCCAUUCUUUCAAAAGAUUGGGGUGGCCCUGGAACCUUCAACCUUUCAUUAUGCAAAGGUGCUUUCAACGAUUUAUAAAGAAACUCUUUAUAAAGAAGAAAUGCAUCCAAACCUAAAAAGGACUGUUCUGACUGUCACUGAACAGCUUUUUAAACUUCUAGAAAAAGAAAAGCCAACAGAACUGCCAGAUAUUAAAACACUUUAUCUUCCAGCCACUAACGGAAAGCUCUAUGAUUCAUGCAGCCUUGUUCUCAACAAUAGGUGUACUUCUAUGGCAAUAUCUCGACAAAGUAAUGUACUUAAGUUUCUAGCAAUUGAUUAUUUAAGUGAUGACCUAUGCAAACAGGAACAGCUUGUCAAAUGCUUACCUGAACAAAUGCGUCCUAAAAUGCUUACACAGAUAACCGAACAAACAGUUGACAAAGAAUCACUAAAGAUUUGUAAAUAUGGAGUUCAAUGUCCACUAAAAAAACGCUUCCAGGAACUUGUAGCCUCUCCAGUCCUUCACGAAGGUCUUGUUUGUCUUUUAAGGAGUCAGAACAAUGGAAAACUUAGUGAAGAAGAGGCUUCCAAAAUGUGUAGAGUUGUUUCUGGAAAACUAGAAGUAAAAUGCUGCUCUAAUUUAAAGACAUCUCUUAUGUACCACGGCAAGCCUUUGGAAGGAACACAUAUGACUCAAAUUGUUUUUGUGAACAAAAACAGUGAAGAUCAAUGUACAAUUUACCUAAAGCACACUGAAUCAGUCUGCAUUAGUCCAUAUGUUAUCAUAAUUACUGUGCUUGCUGCAGAAAUUAACAGUCUGAUGGAACACGAAUUCAAUAGUCAAUCCAUGCCAAUUCUUAUACAAAUGUUAAGUUGUGAAAAUCCUGAUGGUAUAAUUUAUGUGCUUAAGACUAAUAACUUAUGGAAAAAGAAGAGUGCCUACAGUAUUUACAGGUUUCCAAAUCCAGGAGAACCCAUUCCUGCUGAGUGGCAUGAUGCUUUAGAUAUGAGUAUUUUGAAUAGUUUUAAAGUAAAUGACUAUGUUGGAUACAUGGAUCCCUCAGAAGAAGGCUCCUACCGUUAUGCAACAAUAGUAGAGGAACUGGAUACCGUAUUAUCUAAUGGUGAAAUAAAGAUGUAUCGAAUCUGCCUUGGUAAAGAUGAAUUUGCUGAAGUUAGUGCACUUGAUUUGUAUCAGUUUAAAAGAAUCAUUACUGAAGACUGUAAAGCAUUGGUAUUGGUUGAGAAUACAAGUCAGCAAGAACAUAUUCGCGAUAAGUGGCAUGAAGCAUCUAUGGAACACAUAAAAAAAGAGAUUGAUGGAUGUCUGGAACAAAUCUGGAAUUUGCCCAAGAAUGAAAGAGAAAAAGCAAUCAGACGUCUUUACCUUAAGUACCAUCCAGAUAAGAACACUGGGCAAGAAGAACUUUCGACAGAAAUUUGCAAGUAUCUCCAGCAGAGAAUCAGAGAGCGGGAAUCAGGUACAAAAGCGAAUGGCGCAGCUUCAUCGACGUAUUCUAAUCCUUCUAGACCUUUUUACAAAUGCUGGGAAAGAUGGGAUAGAGAAGCUUCCUAUCACAGAAGAAGUCAUGAAACCUUUUCAAAGAGUACAAAAUGUCAGUAUGAUUUCUGGGGCUACCACAACAGAGCUACCAAACCAAAUCCUACAGAAGCAAGUAGGUGGUUUAGGCAAGCAGAGUGCGAUCUAAGAGCUGCAGAACAUGAAGUUGGUCUCCACCAUACUGAAUGGGUGUUUUUCAAAGUACACCAAGCUGUAGAAAAGGCUUUAUUUGCAGCUCAGUACAUCCAUAAAGGAAAAACUGACAUCAAUGAAAACAUUGACAUUGUAAAUUUGGCAAAAAAUGUCUCUACAUACUGUAGCAGUCUGCAUGACAUUAACAAACAUGUGUUACAGAUGGAAAGAUAUGGAGUGGACAAAUUAAAAACACAGUAUCCUAAUUUCUGUAAUCCACCUGGCAUCCCAAACAAUAGUAUGCCAUCAGACAAAGAACAUGAAGCCAUUAAAUUGGCUGAAAAUGUUCUCCAGAAAAUAAAGACAUAUGUGUAUUGAUAACAAGCACAUCAGCUUUCGCUUCAUUAUUCGCUUUAACAUAGGUUGAAGUUAAAAUCUUUGGUUUUUCUAUUACAUGUCCUGCAGAUGAAGAUAUGCAUAUAUGGUAGCUGUGUAUGUUUGUGUGUAUCUCUCAUUAUUAAUAACCUAAAGCAAAAUUCUUUGCAUUACAGAAGACCAAAACUAAGUAAUUAAUAAGUGUAAUUAAUAUAACAUUUUUGGACAUUGUAAUUAUUAUAAAUAUAUAUAGUUUUUGUUUGAUAGUUGGUUACAUUUUCUUUAUUGCUUCACUUAAUGACUUGGUGAUAUGCAUGAAUAAAUGGCCUAGAUUUCAUUAAUUUGAAUAAGAAUCAGAAGUGACGCAAUUUUGUUAGAUUUUAUUUAUAAAAUGAUUUAUCUACUAAAAUUCCCAUAGACCUUAGUGUUAACUUCUGAAGAUUAAUUAUUUGAAAUAAUUUCAGAUUCUGAUUCAAACUAAUUUUAAGUUUAACGUCUGUGUAUGUAGUUUAUAUAUAUGUGUGUGUAUUUAUUUUAGAAUGGAAAUGUUUAUAGGUAAAUGUUUGUAGUUCAAUUAUAUGUUUUUGAAAAAU